AUGGUAGACUCUUUAUCGUCCUCUAGAAUAAUAGAUCAUCAAGGUAGAGUUUCAAAUAACGAAGUCGGAGGAAGGAUUGUGGCAGAGCAACAGCAAAGAUUAGGAGAUCAGCAAAGAUUGGCGAGGCAAAAUCAUGAACGAGAACGAUUUGCUCAAGAGCAAAGAUUUCAGGCGGCGGCGAGAGAAAGAGAACAAAUGCAAAUGCAGCAACAGCUUCAAAUGCAAAGGCAGCAGGCUAGAAUGGAAUACGAAAGUCGACAGCAGAGACUUGAGCAACAAGCUCGAAUAGAUUACGAGAAUAAAUCUAGAAUGGAGCAGAUUCGUAAUGAAAACGCUCGAUUGGAACAACAGCAACAACAGCAACAAACGAGAUUAGAUUACGAAAAGCAAAGACACCAACAUCAUUUAGCCGCUUUUAUUGAUGCUCAACAAAGGGCUUCAUCCGAAAGAGAAAGAGAGGAAAGAGAUAGAGAACGUGAAAGGGAAAGAGAUAGGGAAGCGACUAGAAUUUUAGUAGGUGGUUUCCAAAGAGAUAGAAUUUCUAGACCCAAUAAUGAUUCUCCAUCCCACACUCGUCCAUCAAAUGCUGGCAGUCAAUCUAGUAGAGGUGAUGAUUCAACAAUGACGGCAGCCAGUCUUAUUGAUGCUAUUAUAACUCAUCAAAUCAAUCAGAGUAGUUCGGAUAGUGGAAAUCCAAAUUCGCAAAGUCAAACGUCGACGAGGCCCGGGGAUCGUUUGUUUCAGGGAUUUCAUCGAGAUGGUCCAUCUCAACACGUCGAAACAAACGGUAAAGUGUCUCCGAUGAAAAGAGUUCCAAGUCCUGCCGAACGAGAACCUUCGGGAAAACCACUGACGUUAGGAGAACACAUUGAAUCGAUAAUUACAAAAGAUUUCACGAGAAGUUCUUAUCCUCUUCAAUAUCACGUUCCUUCCGAAGGGAUACCGAUAGCUGAUCAACACAAUUGGAAGCUGAGAAGGUCUGGAGUGCCGCCGAAAGAAAGCGAACCUCCUCGGGAAAAUCCUCCGGAUAAGGGAGACGAAAGGCAAAUUAUAAGAAUAGCUCAGUCUCAAGCGGGAGCUAGCAAACCCUUUCACGAACCCGUUUCACCUCCCGAACAAUGGGGUGGAAGGUACUAUCCGGACAAACCAUCUCAUUUGUCUCCUUUAGAUUACGUGAAAAAUAGAAUAGUGGAAGUGAUGAGAACGUCGGAGGAUAAAGAAAGCGAGGAAAAAACGUCGGGAGUCGGAGUCGGGACCAUGGGAAAGGAUAGAAGCGACAGUCCCGGAGAUAUGGUCAUUGACGAAGCCAAGCAGGACGACAUAAACAAAUUAGUUGUGUACAAUACGUCAUCGGUAACGGUAUCAUCGAGUUCUUCUUCAUCUUCUUCUUCUUCUCCUUUCGUACCGCCCACGUCUUCAACAUACGCUUAUCCCUUUUCGGCUUUGUCGGUUCACGCGAUGACGGCGGCAAGCGCGAAAAGUCCGACGCCAUCGAAACCCGUCGUGUCAACUCCGACGACCGUCAACAAAGAUGAUAACACUUCGCAAAGAAGUUCGGAACCUGCUCCCCUUUUAUCGGCACAAUAUGAACCCCUCAGCGACGAAGAUUGA